AAGUAAAGUGACGACAAAACAAGCACUUGGCUUUAGCACUCGAACGGAAGCUUAUGGCCUUCUAGUUGACUGCAUCAGAUAAACACGCAAUUAAUUUAUGUGGUGAAUCAGUAAGAUUAGCUUCACUACAACUGCAACGACGAAAGAGCGUGAAAAUGUCUGCAAGGGCCACGGCAAAGUACGUGGAGGAAAAGGACCGUACUCGUCGACAACUGGAAGAUCUUGGGCUGCAGCCUUAUCUUGUGUUACGCAGCGCUGACAUCAGCGAAGUUAUUCAUCCUAAACAGCAGGAACCAGAGCUCACCCACAUUAAAGAGGAGGAAGAUGUGGGCAAAGAGGUCCACCACUUGAAUGAACAAAUGCCGCAGACGUUUCUUUACACCGUAAAGAAGGAGGAAGAGCCGGAGUGGCCUUGUAUCAAAGAGGAGGGAGAAGACUCCUGUGAAAUUAAAAAGGAGGAGGAGGAGAUGCCAUUGACUGGUGUCCCUUUAAAGAGUUUUGAUGAGGUGAGCAAAGGGGCGGAGCCUCCAAGCUGCAGCUCAAGUCAACAAAUGACCCGAGAAGGUGAUGGAGACCGCUGCGGAGGAUCACAAGCAGCUCCACCUUCAGAUAGUGAUGGGAGAUGUUUUGUGAAUGACAGUGUUUUGAAACAACACAUGAGAAUGCACACAGGAAAGAAAAACUUUUCCUGCUCAGUUUGUGGCAAAAGAUUUUCAGUGAAGACAACCUUAAAAAGGCACACAAAAAUCCAUACUGGUGAGAAACCGUUUUCAUGCUCAUUUUGUGGCCAAAGAUUCUCUGAGAAGGCAACUUUAACAAGUCAUACAAGAAUCCACACUGGUGAGAAACCUUUUUCAUGCUCAGUUUGUGGCCAAAACUUCUCUGAGAAGGGAAGUCUGAGACGUCAUACAAGAACCCAUACUGGCGAGAAACCUUUUUCAUGCUCAGUUUGUGGCCAAAGAUUCAAUCGUAAAGGAAAUCUAACUGUUCAUACAAGAAUCCACACUGGUGAGAAACCUUUUUCAUGCUCAAUUUGUGGCCAAAACUUCUUUCAGAAGGGAACUCUAAGACGUCAUACAAGAACCCACACUGGCGAGAAACCUUUUUCAUGCUCAGUUUGUGGCCAAAGAUUUAGUCAUAAAGGACAUCUAACAGUUCAUACAAGAAUCCACACUGGCGAGAAACCUUUUUCAUGCUCAGUUUGUGGCCAAAGAUUCAAUCGUAAAGAAUAUCUAACAGUUCAUACAAGAAUCCACAAUGGUGAGAAACCUUUUUCAUGCUCAGUUUGUGGCCAAAACUUCUCUGAGAAGGGAACUCUAAGACGUCAUACAAGAACCCACACUGGCGAGAACCCUUUUUCAUGCUCAGUUUGUGGCCAAAGAUUUAGCCAUAAAGGACAUCUAACAGUUCAUACAAGAAUCCACACUGGCGAGAAACCUUUUUCAUGUUCAGCUUGUGGCCAAAGAUUCAAUCGUAAAGAAUAUUUAACAGUUCAUACAAGAAUCCACAAUGGUGAGAAACCUUUUUCAUGCUCAGUUUGUGGCCAAAACUUCUCUGAGAAGGGAACUCUAAGACGUCAUACAAGAACCCACACUGGUGAGAAACCUUUUUCAUGCUCAGUUUGUGGCCGAAGAUUUAGUCAUAAAGAACAUCUAACAGUUCAUACAAGAACCCACACUGGUGAGAAACCUUUUUCAUGCUCAGUUUGUGGCCAAGGAUUCUCUAGGAAGCACAGCUUAAAAACACACACAAGAAUCCACACUGGUGAGAAACCUUUUUCAUGCUCAGUUUGUGGCCAAAGAUUUAGUCAUAAAAGACAUCUAACAGUUCAUACAAGAACCCACACUAGUGAGAAACCUUUUUCAUGCUCAGUUUGUGGCCAAAGAUUCUCUGAGAAGCAAAGCUUAAAAAGGCACACAAGAACCCACACUGGCGAGAAACCUUUUUCAUGCUCAGUUUGUGGCCAAAGAUUCUCUGAGAAGCAAAACUUAAAAAGGCACACAAGAAUCCACACUGUUGAGAAACCUUUUUAAUGUUCAGUUUGUGGCCAAAGAUUUUCAGUGAAGAAAAACCUAACAAGUCAUACAAGAACCCACACUGGCGAGAAACCUUUUUUAUGCUCAGUUUGUGGCCAAAGAUUCAUUCGUAAAGGACAUCUAACUGUUCAUACAAGAAUCCACACUGGCGAGAAACCUUUUUCAUGCUCAGUUUGUGGCCAAAGAUUCUCUGAGAAGCAAAACUUAAAAACACACACAAGAAUCCACACUGGCCAGAAACCUUUUUCAUGCUCAGUUUGUGGCCAAAGAUUCUCUGAGAAGGCAACUUUAACAAGUCAUACAAGAAUCCACACUGGUGAGAAACCUUUUUCAUGCUCAGUUUGUGGCCAAAGAUUUUCAGUGAAGGCAAAUUUAAAAAGGCACACAAUAAUCCACACCGGCGAGAAACCUUAGUCAUGCUCAGUUUGUGGCCAAGGAUUUUCAAUGAAGGCAAACUUAACAAUGCACACAAGAACCCACACUGGCGAGGAACCUUUUUCAUGCGCAGUUUGUGGCCAACAAUUCAUUCACAAGGGAACUCUAAGACAUCAUACAAGAACCCACACUGAUGAGAAACCUUUUCAUGCUCAUUUUGUGGCCAGAAAUUCAGUGAUAAGAGAACCUUACAAGAAUCCACACUAGCGAGAACCUUGUUGCCUGCUCAGUGACUUGCCAAAAAGUCUCGAUUGAGAAUUCUGAAUUUGUUGGGGAGAUGAUCAAUGGUCCGUGAAGUUUUCAUCUUCUAUUUGAGCAGAAUCAUGAGUUUUUGCAUCAAUGGUAAUUCUGUUCUAUGUACCUUCUGAUUGGGACGCCAAACUCCUUUCCUUCACCACAGUGAGAAGUUCAUGUUUUAGUCGUACUGAAUUUGAGGACAUAGUUAACCGGCCUCGGGAUGAUAAUAGUUUUGUAAUUGUCAGACUUGAUAUUUAUUUAGUUUUUAGUUGUGGAUUUGAACUGAAAUUAGUUAUAUUGCAUAUGAAGUGAAAUUUGCUUAGUUUUUAUUAGUGUUUAGGAUUUAGUUUUGUUCAGCGUCCUGUACUUUUGCGCUAUGCUUAGUGUCUGCUGUAUGCACACUGGCUCCGUUCUGCUCCUCUUAUUUAUUGUGUUAUCUGUUUAUUUAUUAUUUAUUCAACACUAUUAUUAUUUAUUGUUUGUGCCUUCUUGGUUUUAUAUUGUGUCGUUUACUUGUACGUCUAUCGUGUAAUAUGUCUCGUCACCGUGGGGUAGAGAAAACGUAAUUUCGAUCUCUUUAUGUGUCUCGGCAUGUGAAAAAAUUGACAAUAAAGCAGACUUUGACUUUGA